UUUUAUUCUUGAAAUAAGUCUUUAAAUGAAAUCAUAAUGUUUAAGAUCAUAAAUAUAUUUGCUAUUAUAUAUUGUUUUAUUGAUCUAACAAUAUCUAUAAACCAUGGCAAAAUUAAUCAAAACUAUCAAUCAAUUGAUUAUACAUUAUAUUUUUGCGGCGGAAGAAAUGAUACAUCAGUAAAAUCCGAGUGCAAUAAAUAUGACACCAAAACAAAUGUUUGGCUUCCCAUACAAUCAAUGUCUAAAGAGAGAAGACAUUUUGAAUUAAUUGAAUAUAAUGGUAAUCUGGUGUCAAUUGGUGGAGAAGAUUAUAGUGAAGAUUUGGAUAUUGUUGAAUCAUAUGAUCCUAAAACCAAUACAUGGACUCCAAACAAUCCAUUAAACAUUAAACGAAAUGGUUUAGGUGUUGCAGUUGCUAAUGAGACAAUAUAUUCUUGCGGUGGAUAUUCAAAAAAAUCUGAUCAAACUCUAAACGUCUGUGAAGUUUAUUCGGUAAUAACAAAUGAUUGGCGUUUAUCUGCACCAAUGAUUGAACAAAGAAGUUAUUUUGCACUGGUAGCUCAUGAGGGUUAUUUGUAUGCAAUUGGCGGACAAAAUGAGCAUGGUCCAUUAGAUUCCGUAGAAAGUUACGAUACGCGUGCUAAUAAAUGGCAACCUGUGGCCAAUAUGAAUGAAAAAAGAAUCCAAUUCAGUGGCGUUUCAUUUAUGGGAAAAAUCAUUGUCUGCGGUAAUUAUCCACAUUCUAAUACAUGUGAAUCAUAUGAUCCACUGACAAAUAAAUGGACAUUAAUUGCUUCAAUGAUAAAUUAUCGUUGUUGUUUUCAUUUAAUUGCCUAUAAUGAUAAGUUAUUAACUGUGGGUAGUGAUAAAACAGGUACACAUUUGAUUGAAUCAUAUGAUUUUAUAACAAAUGAAUGGCAUAAUAGCAUAUCGUGGCCUUAUGAUGUAUGGGAUUUUGGGGCAACAUUAUUUGGAAAGUUUGAUUGAAUUCUAAAAAUUACAAUACCAUAAUUUAUAAAAUUAUAUUUAAAAAAUUAUAAUACAUACUGUAAUUGUAAUAGUAUUUAAAUCUAAUAUUAAAUAAAACUAGUUUAAC